CCCUGGUGUGCCUUUCAGUAAUCUGGACUUUGCACAGAAGGGGGAAAGCCUGACAUUCCUGAAAAUGGCAGCUGAGACAUCCACAGAAGUUCCAAAAACUGCUAGACAAUUCGUCCUUAAAGAAGAGGUAAUUGUAGAAAGAAAAUGGUUGAAGCUUGAAGAAACAACUUACACUGAUCCCUUUGGUAAAACCAGAACUUGGGAAACUGUAAAGCGUACUGGCAACAAAAAGGGAGUUUCAGCUGAUGGUGUAGCAGUGAUAGCUGUGCUACAGAGAACUCUCCACUACGACUGCAUUGUCCUAGUGAAACAGUUCAGGCCCCCAAUUAACAGCUAUUGCUUGGAAUUUCCUGCAGGCCUCAUCGAGGAAAACGAGACUGCAGAGAGUGCUGCAUUGCGGGAGCUGGAGGAAGAAACCGGGUACAAGGGGGAAGUUGUUGAAUGUACUCCAGCUCUCUGCUUGGACCCAGGUUUGUCAAACAGCACGACACACAUUGUGAGCGUCACCAUUAACGGAGAUGAGGCUGAGAAUACAAGACCUAAGCAAAAACUUGAUGAUGGAGGUACGUCAGGGAACUGUGCUCCCAUUGGCAGUACAGUCAAGUGUGGUCUUCGUACAGCAAGUUUUACUUAGAAAAUGUCAGUUAAAACUAUUUUGGGAUUGGUUAAUCUCCUGACCCUAAUCAAACGCGCAUGAAAUUGACUUUGGCUUAGACAUGAAAAUUCCUGUGGGGCAUUAUCGUGUCAGUUAUCUACAAGUAUUGCAUCUGUAGCACCAGUAUCUCAGGAAACACAAAUUCCUGAAUCCACAACAGCUGUAGAUCAAGCUCCAAAGACAACUAAUUCAGAUAGACAGGGAAGGUGUAAGCCAACACCAAUUCACCAAGAGCAAACCCUUUGUCCCUGGGCCGUUUUGGUCUUCAAACACAUCUACAAUCCAUUACUGUACCAGUAUAAGCCAAACAAAACUCCAGUUCGACAGUGAAUUUUCCGUUCUCAGAAAGGAGCAGGUCUCCUUUCAGGAUUCUUAUCCUCCAUAGCUGUCAGCUACACUGUUGUUCCCAGCUCUUUUCCAGUUUCUUUCUGCCAAACCUGGUUUUUAGUGGCCCCAGGUCACUGCCUUCCCCCAUUUCAUGGGCCUUUUUGCAAUACAUGAAGCGUCACAGCUUUCAGAUUGGUGAUGAGCACUAGGGCCAGGUCCCCUUCUAAACAGUAAGAAGCAGGACUACUACUGAUCACUAAUUUCU